CGGCGUUUCCUUCCGGGGCGCGGCCCGCGCUGGCGCGUUUCGGUUCCGGGCCGGCGCUGCGGGCCCUUCCCACCCCCGGCAGGGGAAGGGGGCAGCAAGUUUUCUUCUAUUACAUCAGAAGAAAAGAAAAGAAGGCAGCACCCCCAUUUUCUUCCCACUGCAUGUAACUCACAGCCCUCUAGUAGAGUUGUGCUGCAGCUGGGACAGCCAUGGAGAAGAGUGGAAACAUUCAGCUGGAGAUUCCUAACUUCAGUAACUCUGUCCUGAGCCACCUGAACCAGCUGCGCAUGCAGGGGCGGCUGUGUGACAUUGUGGUCAACGUGCAGGGCCAGGCUUUCCGUGCGCACAAGGUGGUGCUGGCUGCCAGCUCACCCUACUUCCGUGACCACAUGUCCCUGAACGAGAUGAGCACCGUGUCCAUCUCUGUCAUCAAGAACCCUUCUGUUUUCGAGCAGCUCCUCUCCUUCUGCUACACUGGCAGGAUAUGUCUGCAGCUGGCUGACAUCAUCAGUUACCUGACAGCUGCCAGUUUCUUGCAGAUGCAGCACAUCAUAGACAAAUGCACGCAGAUACUCGAGGGGAUUCAUUUCAAAAUUAAUGUGGCGGAGGUGGAAGCGGAGUUGAGCCAGACCAGGACGAAGCAUCAGGAGAGACCGCCCGAGUCUCACCGGGCAACGCCGAAUCUGAACCGUUCCCUGAGCCCACGUCACAACACGCCCAAGGGGAGCCGCCUGGGCCAGGUCAGCACAGUGCUGGACAUUCGGGAGCUAAGCCCGCCCGAGGAGUCCACCAGCCCCCAAAUCAUCGAGCAGAGUUCCGAUGUGGAAGGCAGGGAGCCCAUCCUGAGGAUUAACAGGGCAGGACAGUGGUACGUGGAGACGGGCAUGGGAGAGCGCGGGGCACAGAACGACGAGGAAGUGCGGGUGCUGGGAGGAGUGCGCAUUAAGACGGAGAACCUGGAGGAGUGGCUGGGGACAGAGCACCAGCCCUCGGGAGAAGAUGGGAGCAGCGCUGAGGAGGUCACGGCCAUGGUGAUUGACACCACGGGCCACGGAUCGCUGGGCCAGGAGGCUUUUGCCUUAGGCUCCUCUGGAGCCAAAGUGGUCAGGCCAACCAGCAGUGAGAUCGACAGAUUCAGCCCUUCUGGCAGCAUGGUUGCUGUGACUGAGCGGUACAGAUCAAAAAGUGAAUCUCCUGGGCGGAUGGAUGAGCCUAAGCAGCCCAGUUCCCAGGGGGAGGAAUCAGCCAUGCUGGGAGUGAGCGGUUACGUGGAAUAUCUGCGGGAGCAGGAGGUUUCAGAGCGCUGGUUCCGGUACAACCCACGGCUCACGUGUAUUUACUGCGCCAAAUCCUUCAACCAGAAGGGCAGCCUGGACCGGCACAUGCGGCUCCACAUGGGCAUCACGCCUUUCGUGUGCCGCAUGUGUGGCAAGAAGUACACCCGCAAGGAUCAGCUGGAGUAUCACAUCCGCAAGCACACGGGCAACAAGCCCUUCCACUGCCACGUUUGCGGCAAAAGCUUCCCUUUCCAGGCCAUCCUCAACCAGCACUUUCGUAAGAACCACCCCGGCUGUUUGCCCCUGGAAGGGCCCCACAGCAUCUCCCCUGAGACCACCGUCACGUCCCGGGGGCAGGCAGAGGAGGAAUCUCCUCCGCAGGAAGAGCCCGUGGCAGUGGGGGAGACGGCACAGGGAUCUGUGUCCACGACCGGGCCGGAUUGAAGCGCGGCUGGGGAGUCCCAGCAGAAAGGACCGUCUUCCCAUUCCUGGCUCUGAAGAGUCAGCACCGACCCGGCAGGCUGGUACUGUAAUUAGUGCAAUGCCACCACUGAACAGAAAGAAGCUCCCAAGAUGUUGCCAAAAUAGAAGAAUUUCUCUCUUUCUCUCUCUUCCUCUCACACACCCACACACACACCCAUAGAGUGUUAAAUGUUUUUCUCCCUUAUUCUUCCUCCUCUUGGAGAAAAACAGAACAACUGUGUCAAUCAACUUCUUAUUCAGGGAUCGACAGGAUUUUAAAUUUUUUUACUGUUCUGUAGUGAUCUGGGACAAGCAGUCAUUUGUAUUUCUGGACAGCGCUGUGGCCCAGCAGGGUGUCCCGCCGGCAGUGCCGGAUCCAGCCACAGAGCCAUAUCCACUGCUCCCACUCGAGGGGAGAGCAGGGGCAAGGGGCGUUGCCUUUCUCCCUUCCCCAGGUAUUGCCACAGCAAAGAAAACAAAAAUAAUGUCCUGGUGGAGCCUGCCUUGCCCGAGUGUAUUUAUCCCUGUCUUAUUUUUGGUGUGUUUCUUUACUUUUUUAUUUAAAGUGUAAUUUUAGGGCUUUGGGCUUGCCCGUUCCAGGCAUGCAGGCCUGGUGCCCCUUGUUAAAGUGGGCACAGCUAAAAGUGGUAUUCCAAAGGGCAGCAAAGUGUGAAGGAAGUAUUUCAGCGACUGAGAGUGGAAUUUAGCAGCUGUGAGGUUUGCAUGAGACUCUGAUGCAUUGGGAGAAGGGCUGGAGGGGUCUUCCAGAGGAGGUUGUCCUCUGCUGGUGCUGAUCUGGGGAGCUCAGAGCACUCUGAGGUCCUGGCUGGAGAGCUGCCAUGCUUCAGGCAUUGCCAAGGAUUAGGAAGAGAUUUUCUGGAGUUGCUGAAUCUGGGAGUUAGAGGCUGGCUACCAAAGUCCUCUUUCACCCCUGCUCCCCCCUCGACACACACUUGAUCUUUUAGAACAGCAAUAUGGGAUAUGGGAAUACUGCAGUGCUGUUGUCACAGCCGAGCAAUCGCAGGUGGUUGCUUUUAAACCUGUUUCUACAAACUAGUUUGAUAACUUUUUUAUCAAUGAAAUGCAAAAAGAAAAGAGAACCCUUCUCUAUUUCCUUAUAACAGUUCAGGAGACUUAAAAGUGAAUGGUUCCUAGAGCAAUCACAACUCUGUCCCCUUGCAUGGACUUAACAUUUUUGUAUUCUGAGUAGCUCUGAUGUUUAGAGCAAAUUUAGCAAACCUGGAGAGACAUGCCUGCGUGUGUAUUGUAGGUGUUUGCACGGGCUUACGUGGUUCAUAACCAGAAAAGCAUGGGACAGGCAGAAAAGUGCACAUAUCCUGACAACUUUCUUUAAAAAAAUAUGCAAUAUUUUAAGAGUUUUCUCUAGUUCUGAUGCCAAGUUGUUCAUGAUGAAGGGGGGGAAUGAACGACAGGUUGUGCUUAUCAGGUUUGGUGAAGGAGUUCUCUUGAGGAUGUAUAAUGUGUAUAUGAUAAGGAAGGGUGAAGUUCUGAACCUAAAGGUGAUGGGAGGAACAAAGAGACAUUGGAAAAGAAAUACACUUCAUCUUGCUUCAGUAAGAAAGCUGGAUGAGUGGUUAGAGUGGGGGCUUAGCUGGCAGGAGACUGACCAAGUGACAAUAAAGCUUGACUGCUCUCUGACUGCAGUUUUGGGCACAUGGAAACAUCUCCAGCCCUUGCUUUCCCUGUCUGCAAAUUGGUACUCGGGAUCGUUUUCCUGCCCCUUUGGAGGGAAUAAUUUGGAGAAGGGUGAUGUAUUCUUGCCUUGCUUUAUAGAUUUUUUUUAUAUGUGAGGGGUCUCACUGUUCCUCCCAUCUCUCUCUCAAAAAGUGAUGUGGCUCUAAUGUGUUUUUGUGUGUGGAAAGGGCUCGGUGCCAGUAUCGUGCAUAACAGGGAUGUGAUCCUACAAGAGGAACCUUUGCAGGUGUUCUGAGCUGGGCACCUGCAAAGUACCAUUUCAUUGACCAUUUCAACCAGGAAAACUGAUAUUUCACCUCCGUUUUCCUUCUGUGCCUUCUUCCUCCUCUCCUGUCAAGGGCAUCCAUCACACAGGGAGUGAUUUGGCCACCCAAACAACCAGCUCCGUCAGGUUUCCUGGCAAAGGUCAAACAUCAUGGUACCAAAACAGUGAGGUUGCCAGAGAGCAGUGGCAUGAGAGCAGAGGAUGAGGUGAGAGGAUGGCCAAGGUAGGUUUUGUUGCAAUCAAGGUGCAGGGAGAAGUGGAGAUGUGCUGCUUUAGUCAUAGCUUUUGAAGUUACCAAAAAUGAAAAAAAAAAAAAAAAGUUAAAAACUUUGAAAUCCUAUCCUGUUCACACUAGAGAGCAUAAAAAGUUACUUUAGUUGCUUAAAAGAUUUUUAAGUGUUUUAAAAUAGAAAUUUUAAAAGAAUACUACCAAACUAUAAAAGCAUAAAAUUAUUUAUAUACAUAUAUUAUAUAAAAAUAUAGUGGGAAAGUUUCCCUGCUAAGCUUGCUGUGAAGAGAAGGGUGAAGGUGCAGUAACUGCUACACAAGCAACAUUUUUCUGAGACAGAUGGCAACCGUAGUGAAGAAGGGCUGACAUAAAAUGGUGAAUGCCUUUGUUCCCGUGGCAUAGCUGUGAGUUUCUUGAGCAGGUUUUUAUUUUACUGUAUCAAUACUGUGAACGGAGGAGCAUCCAAACAGUACUGGAUGCCAACAGUGCAUCCUGUUUGCUGAUUCACUACUUCAAGUGGCCUGGUGAAAACCAUGAAAUUAGUCCUUCAUACCUUACUAGGCUGAAAACAAAGCUUGUGAAAGGUUUUUAUUUUUUCUUCCUUUAUGUUUGCUUUUCUUUUUUGUUUUUGGGUUUGUUUUUUGUUGGUUUGUUUUUUUUUUUUGUGCAGAGGUUGCCACUGUAUAAAUGAUCAUUUCUGAUUGCAUGCAAAAGAGCCAAUAUUCUUGCCCAGGCCUCGCUGAGGUGAAGUUUAUAGCUUGUAGCUAGAGUCAGUAUAAGGUAUGGUAGUGGGAAUCAUUUUGAUAUUAUUUCUGUACUUUUAAUGGAUGUGUAUGUAUGUGUGGGAAUCAUGAUGUCUAAUAUUUCUUGAACAGUGCUGAAACCAGUUCAGGCCCAUCUGCACUGGACAGUGGAACCAGUUUGGAAGGAAUCAUUAAAUGUUUCUUUCAGUGGUUGACUUCCUGAGUGCAGAUGAGACCAAGGUUUGAGAAAAAAGGGGUUGGAGGUCGUAUACGGUAUGGAAAAACCUCAUGUGAAUUUUCUGGCAGUGGUGUAGCUACUUUGAGGUGCUUUCCCUAGCAGAAUGACACUGUGUCCUGUUGCCUCUGCGUUGGUGUGGCUCUUCACGGUUGCACCAAAGCUGUGGAGAAUCAGAUGCCAACUUUCCAAGUGUGAAUGCUUCUGUGAUGGGUUGAGGCACAGCUUUGCAUUCCCACGUCUGGCUGCAUCUUGUUCUGCCAAAACUGUGAUUUCAACUGUGAUUUAAGGAGGAUGUGAAGAGAACUCUCGUGUUUUAAUACCUCUGUACGUAACAUUUUGUCUGCUUUAGAGUUAGGGCUUACUAACCCAUUUGUUUUCUUGCCUCGGGCAACACGGAGAACACACUCUGGUUUUACAGUUUGCUUUCUUGGAGGUGGGCUUAUUUCUUAGUUCUUUGCUGUCAAAGAGCUCACCUCCCAAAUGUGAAGAGUUGUGGUUAUCUCCUUAAGCCUGCAGCAAGCCCUGGUGCCAAGUGUCAGCCAAGUGACAUGAUGGUUGCUGCAGCUGUUCCCUGCUGCUGCCACGUUCCCUGUGAAUAGCUGUGAAAAUAGCAAGAUUUGUGUUAAUACUGUGUUGCUGCUUUGGAGAAAAGCUAAACCUCUUCGUCUCAGGAGGAUGACUGAUGUAAAGCUGGGAAAAGGAGAAGGCCAAAAUGCAAUGAGAGGAUGUGAAAACAAAUUGUGCUUUGUAUUUCCAGCAGCUAGAGAGGGAUGAAUGAGAGGCUUUAUGAAAUGUGAAUUUGUUACAGGAGGCUGAGAACAACAUGCUUAGAGCUAACUUAGUAAGAUCCAGGGAUAGCCUGGUGAGAACCAGAGCAGCUGGUGCAAAUGGGCAGUCCCUCCUUGUCCUCUCAGCAUUAUCCACCAUCAGGUUCAGUCCUUGGACUUUCCUACAUCUUCUCUACAAUAUUCUCAAGCUGUGAUCUGUAUAGUUUAACUUUAGUUUGGGUGCUGGGAAGAACAGAAAGCAUGUUGUGUCUCUGCUGCUGUUUUAAACCCAGAGAGGUCAGCAGCAACUGACCCCGUUCCCAUGUGACAGCUAUCCAGAGCUGGAAUAGCAUUGGGAAUGAGCUGUAGCCCUGCUGAAAAGCAUUGUGGGGCUGGCUCAGCAGAGAGGGCAUGGAGCCAGGAUUUGAGCUCUCUGUGAGCUCAAGUUUGAAAUACAUGGACAGGACAGCUCUCCCUGCUUGUCCUGCUCUCAUUUUGUGACAGCUCCGUGGCUGUGUUUCCAUCCCACACCUCUGCAACAGGAAUGUCACUUAAUGAGAUGCCCAUUUCAGGAAGUGAUUCCAAGCAGUCUGGUUUUGGAGUAGAGUCCUUGGCACUUUGGGUGAUUCAGCCCCUAACAAGGCCUUUGCAAGAACAGAGCUGUAGCUUUUAUUUGCUGCUGACUUCAUCUCUCCUGUAGAGUCCAACAUAUAAAUAAGAAGACAGCUGCAAAGGUAGCAUUGAUUUGGGUGGAAGGUGUCCUGGGAGGCAGAUAGCAUUGUGCAUCUUGAAAACCAACAAAAACCAGCACUUAAAAUUAUUUAAACUUUUCCAAACUCUCGUCUUUGAUCUGUGACAUGCCUGCCAAUUUAGCCUUGCCAGCAUCCAAAUGGUUCUGCAGAUUAGUGACAUCAAAUGCUGUUCAGGCUCUGCUGGAAAUAUUUUGGGGAUGGGAAAAGUCCCUGCUCAUGGCAGGACAGUUGGACUGGAUGACCUCUAAAGGUCCCUUCCAACCCAUACUAUUCUAUAAGUCAAGAAGGUAUAAUUCAAGGAGACUUUUUGCCAAGGUCUGGGCUCUGAGUUUUCCCUGGGAGCUGAGCCUGUGGCCAGGACUGCAGUUGGAAAGUCUGGCAUCCACUGCCAUAGCAGAAUAAUUGGGAGCAUUGAUUCUGUCACAAGGUGAGAACCACGCACAGAGUUUUGAUAGCUGCAGUUAAAAGGCCCAAAGAGGAGCUCAGAAUCCUUAUUUUAAUCACUGUCAUUCAAGAGCUCAGAAUCCUUAUUUUAAUCACUGUCAUUCAAAGGAUUUUUUAAUGUAAAAUACAAAUAUACCUGUGUAUGUAUAUAUAUAUAUAUUUGUAACCAAAUGGAAGUUAGAACUAUGCAAACCAUACUGGCUGCUUUUUGAAACUAAACUAAAGUCUACUGGAACAUUUUGGAAUUGAGUAGAUUUGGAGUAGACUUGUUGUAGGGUUUUUGUUUUGUUUCAUUUUAUAACCAGUAAAAUGCAGCAGACUAAAGUUUUGCUGCAGUUAGUCUUACUAGAAAUUUAGGUUAUUCCUAACCUGGAACCCUCUUAAAUGGGUUAUAAAAUUAUCUAAGAGUCCUGCCAUCUCUAAAAUAUUUCCAUCUGCUGAAAGGCUUUGGCUUGGCAAACAUAGAAAAACACAGAGGCUGGGAAUUAGAAGAGAUUGAGUGUGAUGUUUGGGCUGAUGGAAUCAAGGAAAGACUGGGAGCAUGUUCUUUUGGAUGUGGGAUUGAGUUGGUUUCAAGGAAUCUUCCUACUUGGGAAAAUGUUCAUUACUGAGAUGGAGGCAGUGAUCAGGGCAUCCCUGGGAUGAAUUCUGGUUUUGAUGGAGGUAUUGGAAAGCUUCCUGCUGAAUCUGAUGGUACUGGAUUUUAGGCUGCUGGGAGAAAUUCCACAUGGUUUCUGCCAUUUCUUUUUUUCAGAUCUGAUCUUUGCUUUUAGGAUUAACUGCGGCGUAUCUUUAACUUUCAGUGACCUUUGACUUUUUAUUCCUGGAACUGUAGACAAUUCAGGUUUCCCAUAACAUUAUCCUCAUCCCAACUGUGAACAAGUUACUACUGCUUCUUAUAAUUUAUUGUCUUUCUGUUCCUGAAUGUCUGUGUGAUCCAGCUGGUUGCCAGCACCACCUUCCAGUGCUUCAUUAGCUUUUAUGCACAGGGAAUUGUUGCAAUGGAUAAGUUGACCAUGCUAGUUGGAAGAGUAGAAGCCUUUGGAGAAAGACUUUUGCUUCCUCUAGCUGUCAUUAGGGAGUGCACACACACAUACUUGUAUAUACAUAUAUAGAAACAAAUAUAAUGUGUUUCAAUAUAAACUCAUUUAGCAUUUUCUUAUUUAAUUUAUAUUUUAAUCUAGUUGCAAACCAAAGUAUUACAGUUUGUGAUGUCUCUUGGAAAUACGAGGAACCUCUUUUAGGUGGGAUUUUUGAAAGGUCUUUGGUGACAAAAACAUGGAUAUGAGUAAGACUUAAGAAUUUGUGCUGCUGGGGAGUUGCAGCCUUGAAAGGAUUUGAAACUUGUUGGGUAAAGUUGGAUGGUGGGGCCUUCUGAAGGUGUUCUUCAUGGUCCUUAAUGGUUUUGUUGUAAAACAAGGAUGUUCUGGCAAAGCAAGAAAUAGAAGUGGAGACAACAGAAAAUCAGACUGUGAUCUGGCACAGCUGGGAGCUGGGGAGGAAGCCACAAAACCAGCCACUGAUGUAUUUAGUGUCUAAUUUAAAGUUUUAGGAAACGAGCCAUUGCUAUUAAGUGAUGUGUAGAAGUGGUUGGGGUUUGUUAAUAACUUCUGUGAAGGCACAUUCUGCUAUCACCAGUGGAAGAAGUAAUGGGUUCAGAGAUAAGAUCUGGCUGAUUUUUCUGUGCCAGGGAGUAAUUACCUUUCUGAGGAAUUAGCAGGUUCUAAGAAUAAAUUCACCUCUAACAUGUCCCACAGGCUUGGCGGUGGCUCUGCUUUCUGUAGGGAAGAGGAAGACAGCUGAAAUAAGAAGAGAGCUUAUCUGUGUUCAGCCCUGGCUGGUGCUGGUGGCACUGGAGCCACACAGGGGGAUGUGUAGAAAGGUGGAACAGCAGCAAAGCAUCAUUGGGAAGAGGUAGUGCAUGUAUCUGGCAUGCCAUGGAUGCUGUGGGCAGGGAAAUGCUGGGUUUAGAACCUGCACAGGGGCAGGAGCAUGCAGGAAAUGCUGCUGCCUUGUGAGACAGGUGUCCAAAGGUGUCUGUCCUGGCACAUGAGAGCUGAGUAGCACCAGUGUUUUCCUUGCUGGAGUUGUGAGUAGUAAAGAAGGAAAAGGGGUCAGUCCCAAAUCUGUGGGGGCAGAUUUGUUGUGAGCAUUUCAAAAACUCCAUUGGGAGGAACUGAAGGGUGGGAAGUAAAGGGUGGAAAGAGCAGUACCAGACUUCAAAGUGCCAUUUUCUGAGUUUUCUAGCAAGUGUUGAAGACUGAAGUUUGUUUUUGUUUCAAUGCUUUCUCCUUUACCUAUGUAAUUUUUCCUAUUUAAACUCCACAGCUCAGGGGAGGGUGCAGAGAAGAUGGAGGACGACCCUUCCUGGAGGCACAUGGUGGAAGGAGGAGCAGCAGUAGGCAGCAGUUUAUUCAAGGGAAAAUCAGGUUAGGUAUGAUAAGGCAUUGCCUCACCAUGAGUACAGUCAAACAGCAUUGGAUCGGGUUGUCCAGAGAGGCUGGGAAAUCUCCAUCAUGGGAGAGUGCAGCCCCCAAGUUCCUGUUUCCAUUAGACUGUGCCAAGCUGUAUUUUUGUUACCUUUUUUUUUAGUUUUAUCAUCUAAAAUGGGCAGCUUUAGUGGCCUUCCUAGUUCAUAUCAGUUAAGCUUUUGAAACAUGUUCAGGUAUUUUUAAAUACUGCUGUGUAAGUUCCUUGUUUAAUCUAACAUAUUCUGAUUUAUUAUUUUACUGCAGUUUUCUAAGGCAGUACUUAAAAAAAAUCAGUGCAUUCAUUUUUUUGCAGACUUUCAGCUUAGUUUUGAUAAUGUACCUAACACCCGUCCCCUCAGAUCUAUGGUGAAAUGGCUGCAUAAUUUUUAUACUGCAGUGAGGUUUAUUUAUUUAAACCUUCCAAUUACCUUUGCAAUACCCAAUACCAUUGGCUAUGAAACUGUGAAACUAAUGAGAAACUAAAAAUGAAGUUGGAUUCAUUUACUGCUGGUCAUGAAAUACAGAAAGUGGCAGUAUAAAAAUAUAGAUACAGUUGGAAUUAGUUACUCAAAUCACAGAACCACAGAAUGGUUUGGGUUGGAAGGGACCUUAAAGCUUAUCAUAUUCCAACCCUCUUCCCACGGGCAGGGAUGUCUUCUGCUAGAAUUCCAAUAGAAAUUACUGAGUCUGGGGUGGAGGGAGGCAUCACAAAACUAGUCUGAAAGAAACAGAUUUUAAUUUGAUGAUGCCAAUUAAUUGGUUCCCCAUUUGGUCAAGUUUUAAAAGCAGUUUCUCAAGGUUUCCCUGGCUCUGCUCGUUUUCCUACGUGUCUUGGGCAUUGGUUUGAUAAGGGAGUUUGUGCCUCCGAGAGUAUUUUCUGAGAGUUUACAUGUCUAAAGAAACUCUCUGAAUUACUGUGAAGCUUUUCUCGAAUCCAUCCUUGCCUGUGCAGUGGUAACUGAACACAACUCUUGCCUGCAAAGGCCAGUGAGAGGAGGGUGGCAGCUGUGGGUGACACUAACAGGAAGUGGACAGUGCAAUUCUCGGGCUGACAGAUGGGAUUUCGGGAAGGGUCAUGAAGCCCCAGCCCCUCUGUGGCUGUCCCCAGCCUCAGGUCAUUCUUUCAGUGAUGUUUGUUUGCAGAGGCUGUUUGCAGGGCUGCCUGGAUCCCCACCAGAGAUGCAGGGAAGGAGGGUGUAGUUAGCAUGCAGGCACUUUUCUGAUGUGUUAGAAGAUUUCCUAAGCCAGGGUUGUGCUGUUGGGGGAAGCAUCCCAGGUAGGAUUGAGAGCAGAAUUUUGUCAUAACCUUUGCUUAAGACUAAUUCCUUGGGCUCCCCUAAGGCACUGGCCUGGGCAGAAAGCUGGCCCCAGACAGCUUCCAGGGCUGUGUUGUCACGGGACGUGUGCUGCAAAGGAAUAUUGGGAAGGGAGAGAGGAGUGGUGUUGUUCAAAUGAGGCAUGGUUCUUUUGUGUUGGUGGGUAACAUGGCUGACAUUUAGAACAGCAAGAGCAAUCCUAGGUGGCAAAACAGAUUUUUCUGAGUAAGGUCUUUCAGAAGCUGAAUGAGGAGGAGAAUAACAUGCACCUGUGUGUUCUUGCAGUAACAUAUUCCUCACCUCAUGUCCCACACUUGCAGGGAGAAUUAGGGAAGGAUGAGAAGACUGGAUCAGAUGUUAAUUCAUGGAAAUGGAAGCAAGGUAUUCAAAGCACUGCUUUAGUGUGAAAAGGGAAGGGAAUGAAUGCAGUUUUCCCAAGCCUCUAGUGUGUUAAACACUAACUGAAGCUCCCAUGAGCUGUGGCCCCAUUGUCCCCAGAGCUCCCCUCGUUUCCCUGGUGUCCCCCCACCUUUCCUGCACAACACUGUGAAUAUGAUAUCUGUAGCUCUUUUUAAAACUUUGGUUUUUCCAUUAAAACUGCUCAGAGCAGGAAAUGCUGUCCUACUGCAGGAGCAGACGGGAUGUGACCCCCAAACAGGGCAGGGAUAGCCGAGUUGUGGGAGAGAAAAUUUUGAAAGUUAACAAGGGAAGUAGCUUUGUAUAGCAAUUUGCUAAUCAAAUUUCAUCUUGUAACAAACUUAACUGACAAUCAAUUUCUAAAAUACAAAAGCCUCUUAGAGGAAAUAGUCAAGUAUAUCUUCACCAGAAAGAUUUAAGAUUUAACUGGGAUAACUUAAUAAAGAGCACAGGAUUUUUUUUUUUUUUUUUUUUUU